UAUUGUUGGUGCUACUGUCGUUACGUUCGUAAUGGAUGACUGCAAAGUAGUGUGGUAGCAUAAUUACAGUACAAGUUUCAGUAGAAUAUUACAUAUUUGUAAUUGACAGUAUGAGCGAAUUGGUGUGGGGAAUUAAAAACGGCGACCUGGAUCAAGUCAAAGAUAUUGUUGAACAGAAGGAGAUAGAUGUCAAUAAGGAAAUUGAUGGUCGGCCGCCCCUUCAUUAUGCAGCAGAUUAUGGUCAAGCGGAUGUUAUCCAGUAUCUGCUGUCGAAAGGAGCUGAUGUGAAUGCUAAAGAUAAACAUGGAAUUAGUGCUCUGUUAGCAGCUAUUUGGGAAGGUCACACAGAUUGUGUGAAAUUACUUUUGGAACAAGGAGCAGUGAAGGAUGGCAGCGCACCAGAUGGAACAAGUUAUGUGGAUGCUGCAGAGAAAGAGGAAAUCAAGGAGCUUCUGAAAUAAAAUGAUAAUAUGACACACUAGCCAGUUUGGGCUUUGUUAAAAUUAUUAAGCUUUUUAUGAAUGGAUAAUUGAGCAUUUGUCAGGUGUUGGUUAUGAAUUGUGCCGCAUCAGUUCCAGAAACCACGUCUCAGAUGGUGAUAUCCAAGUUACUGUUGUUAUCUUUAAUUUCCUGCUUCUAAUCAGUUAAGUUGUAUAUCUUGUAUGAACACUACUUGUUUCACAAAUAUUCAUGUUAUGAAAAACUGCAAAGCUGUCACAACAGGGUAUGAUUGCCAGCAGAAGUGUGUUAAACUAAUUAUAUCCAAUCCUAGCUUUGCUGUUGGUUUCCAGGCUCAAAUCCAGUAUUAAAAUUAUAAUAUGGUGCAUGGAUUGUAACAUACUUAUUCCUUGUUCCACUGAAGCAUGGCAUAAUUUAUGAUUGUCUUAGAAAGAGUCUUGAAAGGCUGUAGUGUAAUUAAUCCAUCCAAAGCAGUGCUUAUAGCAUUAUCUCAUGAUGUAUUUUGUGUGAUCUGCAGAGUGGAGCUAACACACCUCUCAUGCAGUCUAUUGCAGGGCAACCAACAUACCCAGCUAGUCUGUUUCCUGUUUUGUGUGUUGGUUUAUGCUGCAUGGGUUCUUGUUAAGUUGUCAUAUGUAUUAUAUUGCAAGAGUGAGACACCCUCUCUCCUAAGGGGUGUUACAAGUUCUAUCCCAGUUAGGGAUUGUAUAAAGUAUAUGGAAGAAGUGUGUAGUGGUACUUAUUUUUUAAUGUGUCAUGCUUUCAUUAAGGAACAUCUGCAAAACCUGUUUCUUGUUGGCCUAAAAAUUUGGUGGAUCAAUGAAUUGAUCAAAAUAAGAGAUGGAUAAAGAGAAAACUAUUUUUUAAGUGUUUAAAUUAAUAUAUCUAGGCAAUAUUUAUCUUCCUAUAUAUCUGUCCAACUUUUGAUUCUCACAUAUAGAGGAGGAAGACUGUCCUUGAUAGAUGUAGUCUACCUGCUUUGUAUGAUAAUUCUUUUGAGCUCCAGCAUAAAGCUGUAAAUAUUUGUAAUUUGUUAAUGAAAUUUUUAAAAAGUGCUUGUUGCCACCUUUUAGAGUUGGUAUUGGAAUUUUGUGUAAUUGUUGACUUCUGCUAAUUCAAAAUAUGAAGAUGUAUUAUUUGUUAUAUGUUAAGUAACCUUAUCUAGAAUUUUAUAUAUAUAUUUUUCUUUUUAGUGUCAUUCAGAUGUCUGUAAUUAAAAAAA